AUGAAUAUCCGUGUUCCCAAGGAAGCUCUCCAGCGCACCGGUCAGAGCUCCGUACCCCUGAGCGACGAAGGAGGUGGCUAUCUCGCUUCCCUCGAAGUUUACCACGAACUCCACUGUGUGAACCUGAUUCGCAAGCAUGUAUAUCGGGAGUACUACCCCAACAGUCAGCCCAUGGUAAAGCAGUUGGAGCAUAUCGACCACUGCAUAGACAUACUCCGCAUGCUCGUCAUGUGCAAGGGGAACACGUCUCUCAUGACCUAUUCGUGGAUUGAAGACUACCGCAAACCCUGGCCGGACUUUCGCCAGGACCACGUCUGCCGCAACUUCGAUCAGAUUGACGAAUGGUCCCGCGAGCGUCAUAUUCCGGUUCAGGAUUUGCAGGGGCCGAUCCUCAUGCAUCCAGUCUAUGGUGUUGCAUGGCCUGCAGAUAAGAUCUAG